AUGGAGGGGAAAAUGAUGAUUGCGGCAACUGUUGCAUGGGUUGGUUACAUGGUGAUUAAUAAGUGCAUAUGGUCUCCAAUGAAGCGGGGUCCAAAUCCAAUAAAGAAGAAGGAAAAUGAUGAUCCACCUUCUCUUCAUUCAUCAUCAGUUUCUCCUCAGGAGUUGAAGAAUGAUCCAACAUCUCUUCCUUCAUCAUCAGCUGAAGUAUCAUCAUCACCUCCUCCUCCUCCUCCUGUGCUGGAGUAUGAUGUGUUUUUGAGUUUCAGGGGUCCUGACACUCGCACGGGUAUUGUUUCCCAUUUAUGUUCUGAAUUGCAACACAGUGGAAUUAAAACGUUCGUGGAUGAGGAAGGACUUGAACCAGGGAUCAAAAUUAGCUCAAAUCUUGGAAUGGCAAUCAAAGAAUCGAGGUCUGCAAUCGUUCUUCUGUCACCAAACUAUGCUUCUUCAAUCUGGUGUUUGAAUGAACUUGCGGAUAUUGUUCAUGGCUUAGAAACCAGGAAUACAAUAGUUAUUCCAGUUUUUUAUAAUGUGGAACCCCGGGAUGUCCGACAUCAGUUGGGGAGUUUUAAAGAAGCCUUCAUCAGACAUGAACAAAGGUAUGGAGAGAAGGUGGAGCGGUGGAAAGCUGCUUUAACAAAAGUGGCCGAACUCUCUGGCUUGGAAUUAAAAAAAUAUGGGUCUGAUAGGCAACUUGUCGAAGGCAUUGUGCAAUGUGUGUGCAAGAAACUACGAGAUCUGGAGAUUGUGUCUACUGGAGAUUUUGUAGAAUUUGAAGCAUCAAGGAAAGCCAUGGUUAAGGUAAUGAAGGCACUUAAAGAUGAUGGGCUCACUCCCAUUGGUCUCUAUGGAAUGGGAGGCAUUGGUAAGACAACACUGUCAAAACAUGUUGCUGCCGAAGCCAAAAGAAAAGGGCUUUUUCGUCAUGUGUUGAUGGCUGUUGUAACACACAUACCUGACUUGAGAAUCAUUCAAGGCACAUUGGCAGAUCAAUUGGGCGUCAAACUCGUGGAAGAGACGGACGCUGGUAGAGCUGCUAGAUUGAGUCGUGAGAUAUUGAGUAGAAAUAAGAUCCUUAUAAUUUUGGACGACAUAUGGAAGAGACUAGACUUGUCAGACAUAGGGAUUCCCAGCUACAAGGAGCUUCAAUAUUCUAGUUCCAAAGUCCUACUCACCACAAGGAUAUUGGAAGUUUGCGAUUCCAUGGGCAGCCACCCAAAAAUUGCUCUUAAUAUCUUAUCAGACAAAGAUUCUUUGGACUUGUUGGUGAAGGAAACAAGAAUGUCUUCAGAACAGUUGACUGUUUUCAAUGAUGUAGCAAUGACUGUAGCAAGAGAGUGUGCUGGUCUCCCAAUCGCGGUGGUAGCAAUUGCGAGAGCACUUAGAGAUAAAGAAAUGAGUGAAUGGAAAGAAGCAGCUGAACGACUUAGGUCUUCUCAACCUAGCAACCUUUAUGAUGUUGUGGUCAAUUGCAUAAAGCUAAGCUAUGAUCAAUUGACAUCUGAAGAUGCGAAGUUAUGCUUCUUGCUUUGCUGCCUAUUUCCAGAAGACUCUGAUAUCCAAAUUGAAGAGUUGAUGGCGUAUGGUAUCGGGAAAGGAUUGUUCGGUCGGUACGAUACAUUGCAAGAUGCCAGAACCACUUGUCGUUCUGCGGUCAGGUCCCUUAUAUCUUCUAGCUUGCUUUUGGCCACUAAACAUGAUGGACAGGUAAGGAUGCAUGAUGCCAUCAGAGAUGCUGCCAUACAAAUUUCUGCCCAAUCUGUUUUGGUGAAAGCGGGUCGGGGUCGUCAGUUAACGACGUGGCCAAAGAUUAAUGCAGACAACGGAUACUGUGCAAUCUCAUUAAUGAUGAACGAAAUUAGAGAGCUUCCCAACAAGUUGGUAUGUUCAAAACUCAAGAUAUUGUUAUUACAACAGAACCGGUAUGUCAAUUCGAUCCCAGAAUCUUUUCUUGAAUGCCUGAAUGAGUUAACGGUCCUGGAUCUGAGCAAAACUAGUAUAUCUUCACUUCCCACAUCAUUUUCUGUCCUAAAUAACCUCCACACUUUGUAUUUAGAUUCUUGUGAGAAACUGUCUGACGUAUCAGUAGUCGGAAAACUUAAAAAGCUUGAGAUUCUUAGUCUGAGAGAAUGUUGCCCUGAGGAUGUUCCUGAAGAAAUUGGACAUUUGACCAGUCUAAGGAUGUUGGACAUCAGUGAAUCACCGGUUGUUAAAAUUGCAUCUCAAGUGAUAUCAUGUUUAAGGGGAUUGGAGGAACUUUACAUGCAAUGUAAUUUUGAGGGUUGGAGGAAUGAAGUUGAGGAAGCAGGAAAAGAAACUAACCUUGGCUUUGAUGAGUUAACUGGCUUGAGAUAUUUACACAUUUUGAAGGUUGGAAUACCUGAUGCAACGGUCUUGCCUAAAUAUGUAGAAAUCCCUCCAAACUGGCUGUACUUUGAUAUAUGUAUAAGCAGGGACUCUGAUGUCAGAGAAUCCACUUGGAAGCCACACUCCUCUCAUGAUCAUUCAAGAACCUUGACUCUUAGCACAACAAUUCAUACCUUACCGGAGUGGUUUAUUGAUGUGGUGACAGAGAAAACAGAGAAACUACAGUACAGAAAAUGCAAGGACUUGGAUAAUAUUCUUGUGGAGUAUGACCAUGGGAGAUUAAAUGAGCUGAGGCAUCUCUCUAUAAUUGGCCCCCAUGAGAAGUUGAUAGUGGUGAUGAAUGCAGAUGCAAGGGAUGCAAGGGAUUCAAAUAAUGCUGCAUUCCCGAAAUUGGAAGAGUUACAUCUUUUCGAGGUUGAAAACAUCAACAACUUAUGUGUGGGUAAGUUACCACCUUUGUCUCUAUGCAAGCUCAAGUUAUUGGAUGUGAGAAAGUGUUAUAACCUUGUGGGUGCGCUUUUACAGUCACCUUUGUUGAAGAGACUGCAAUAUCUGGAAAAACUUAUUUGUGAACAUAUGUAUGGCUUGGAAUAUGUGUUUGGCUCUGGCAAAACCACUACCUGUGAAAGGUUGCAAGAGUUGAGAUUGUGCAGACUACCAGAACUCAAAAAGUUAUGGAGCGGUCAUGCUCCACAUGAAGUCUCUCUUAAUCUUAAAAUUUUGGCAGUUAGUGGGUGCAAGGACCUGAAAAAUCUCUUCACGUCCGAUAUGGCUUGUUGUCUUUCACAAUUGGAAGACCUUUGGGUACAUUCUUGCUUUAGCUUGGACCGAAUUGUUGAAGCAAGCGAGGACAUAGGGAAGAGGAAUGUUAUUUUUCCAAAAUUGAAGAACUUAGUCUUGGAAGAUCUUCCACGGCUCAGAAGGUUGUAUAGUAACAGCAGUGGAGGUCCGACUUCAUUGGAGAUAAAGUUUCCCUCCUUGGAAUACUUCUACAACUUAGAAUGCCCCCGGUUCUCCCCCUCUCCUCCUAAUUUGCACAGCAAGAAGCAAGUCCAAGUCAAUGAUAUACAACAUUAUAGCUCUCUAAAGAAGAGGUUGUGGGAGAACAUGGAACUUGAGUUUACAAUUUUUGAAGAUCGGCGGCGUUUGUGGAGGUAUGAUGUAUUUUUGAGCUUCAAGGGUACUGACACUCGCAAGAGUAUCGUAGUUGAACUAUAUAAUAAACUAAUUUCAAGAGGAAUUAAAACAUUCAUGGAUGAUCAAGAUCUUGAAGUAGGGGAUGCUAUUUCUCCCACUGUCCAAAAGGCAAUUGAAGGAUCAAGGUUUGCCAUUGUUGUACUCUCUCCAAACUAUGCCUCUUCUACUUGGUGUUUGGAGGAACUUGGAAGUAUUUGUGAAUCCAUGGAAGACAACAGAGUGCUGCCAGUUUUUUACUAUGUUGAUCCUCUUGAUGUACGACAUCAGAAGGGGAGUUUCGGAGAUGCUUUUACUAAAUAUGAAACUAGCCAACAUGGGGACAAGGUGGACACGUGGAGAGAUGUCUUGAAACGAGUAUCCAAUUUCUCUGGGUGGCAUACAAAGAAUCACAAGACAGAGAGAGAACUCGUGGACACAAUUGUGGAUUCUAUGUGCAAUAAAGUAGUACCUGAAGCAAUUGAGUCCACAGGAGAUUUCCAAGUAUUCGGAGCUACAAGACAAGCUAUGGAUGAGGUUAUGAAGGCCCUUAUAGAUGAUAUGGUCACUACCGUUGGUGUCUACGGUAUGGGGGGCGUUGGCAAGACAACGAUGGUAAAACAUGUCGCUGCACAAUCCUGCAAAAAAGGGAUUUUUCACCGUGCGAUUAUCGCUGUUCUAUCCCAAAUCCCCGACUUGAGAAAAAUUCAAGACACAUUGGGAGAUAUGUUGGGCUUUAAAUUUAAGGAGCAUACUCAAGAUGGAAGAGCUGCUAGAUUACACAAGGAGAUACAGAGAAGAGGAAAUAGCCUUAUAAUCUUGGACGACGUAUGGGAGAGAAUAACUUUGCCAAGCAUAGGUAUCCCCAGCCACAGGGACCUUCAAAAGUGCAACUCCAAAGUCCUAAUCACCACAAGGAGGUUGCAUGUCUGUUUUGCAAUGAAGUGCCAGGAAAAAAUUGCUCUCCAUACCUUAUCAGAAGACGAUUCAUGGUUCUUGUUUAUGAGAACGGCAAGGACGACUUUUGAAUCGACCACAAUCGAGAGUCUGGCAAGGAAGGUAGUAAGAGAAUGUGGUGGUCUACCAAUUGCAUUGAUAUCAGUUGCAAAGGCACUUAGAGAUAAAGACUUGAAAGUAUGGGAAGUAGCAGUUCGAAGACUAGAGAAGUCUAAAUUUGCCAACCUAGACCAUGAGGACAGUGCAUUCGAAAUGAUAAGAUCAAGCUAUGAUUACUUGAAAGAUGAAGAAUGCAAGUCAUUCUUCUUGCUCUGUUGUUUAUUCCCAGAAGACUAUGACAUCCCAAUAGAAGACUUGUUUAAGUAUGCAAUUGGGAUAGGAUUGUUUCGAGAUGCUGAAACAAUUGAAGAAGCCAGAGCAUCAGCAGAUUCAGUGGUCAGGUACCUGAAAGAUUCUAGCUUGCUUUUGGAUAGUGAAGAAGAUGGAUGUGUAAAGAUGCAUGAUGUCAUUCGGGAUACAGCCCUGCAAAUUGCACAAUCUGAAGGUGGGCGUAGGUUUCGUGUGAAAGCUGGCUGUGGUGUAAAGGGUUGGCUGACACACGGAUUAGAUGAAGGAUGCACUGUUAUUUCACUGAUGCGGAACGAAAUUCGCAAGCUACCAGAAGAGUUGCUUGAGAUUCUUAGUAUGAGAGACACCAAAUUAGAGGAGUUGCCGAGAGAAGUCGGAAAUUUGACCAAUCUGAGGAUGUUGGAUGUCACUGGUGGAAGAAUUGCUAGGAUUCCAUCCAAACUGAUAUCAAGGUUGCAGAGUUUGGAAGAACUGUACCUAGAAUGUGGAUUUUGGGAGUGGGGGAGUAAGGUUGAUGGAGAAGGGGAUGAAAUCAAUGCUGGCUUUGAUGAGCCUCUUAUCAAUAUGGUCAAAUAUCCUUGA